AUGAUGAUCACCGGAAUUAACCGACAGCGCCUAGCAUGCGUCGAAUGCACAAGACGCAAAGUAAAGUGCGACAAGAUUCUCCCAUGUCGCAACUGCACCAGAAAAGGAACAACUUGCACUCGGCCGCGGGAGCGGAGUUCCCCGAACCCCAGCACAACUCAAUCCGAACGGCAUAUCCUGUCCCGGCCGAGGCCAGAUACCGCCGCAACGAUCGAAACACUUCAAUCCAGAGUGCGUGAAUUGGAAGCAGCCCUGAACGAGUCCAACGAAGCUGCCUUGCGCUCGCAAAUCCCAAGGCCCGACCCACCAGCCAAUCACGAUUCCGUUUCGCCGGCCGAGUCAAUACAUUCACCUUUCUCUGUCCGCAAUUCCAACACCAAUGUCGACAGCAAUACGCCGCGCGAAAUCGAAGACGCGGCAACAAUACUCGAGUUCCUAGCCUGGGGCCGGCGCAAGGACCCCACCUAUCAAGAUGAGAUCGCAAGACAGAAUAACCUUGACCACUCGCCCGGCGAUGUGGCCGCUGAAGACGAAUUGGAGGAUGCAGGUAUGUCGGGGCUAUCUGCAUCCGCUCUCUGCCAGGCCUUACUUCCGAGCAAGAUAAAAGUCUACCAGCUUGUCCGGUAUCACUGCGACGCCCUGCUGUGGUAUCACGGGUCCUUCCACGCGAAUACGUUUCUGGCGGAGCUGGAUCUUUUCUACGAGCAGGAUCAGGGCCAGAUCCAAGGCGCUGGGAUUCGGCUGCAGUGGAUCGCGCUUCUCUUCGCUAUUCUGACAGGCUCAAUGGCCUGUGCGCCGAGGCACGUUUCGCAGUCCUGGGGCUUUCGGGACCGGGAGAAAGACACUUUGUCGAAGCGCUGGUUGAAAGCGACGGUGGCGUGUCUGCAUCAGGCAGACUACAUGGCCUCUCAUUCUAUCUACGCCGUCGAGGCGAUCGCGACGCUCACGAUCUCGGCGCAUAUGCUCGGCCACUCGAAUGGGUUUUCGGUGCUACUAGCCUCCGCUGUGCGGAUCGCACAGGGCCUCGGUUUACACCAGCUAGACGAGGCUAGUGAUGCGUCUCCGGUCGGUCUUGUGGAGCGGGAGAUCGGUCGGAGGGUCUGGUGUCAGCUCUGCAUUCAGGACUGGUUCUCAAUUCCAUUUACGGAGAGCUACCUGAUUCACCGGUUGGGGUUUAGCACGACAAAGCCCCAGAACUGCGACGAGGAGAUGGAAAUUCUGUCGGAUGAUCAGCCCUCAGUCACAAGUUACUCGCGUCUCUUCUACGACAUCGCGGCUCUGAUGCCUGGUCUGCAGGAUGAUUGUGUUUCGUGUAACACGCUUUAUACGCGCUAUGAAGAGGUGUUGAAAUAUGAUCGGCGUCUGCGCACGCUUGCCACUCAACAUCUCCCUCGAUACCUGCAGAAUGUUCCGCUGGAGUCUGGCUGGCCGUGCUAUGUCCCGUGGGCGCGGAAAAGCCUAGCGAUUAGCUCGGCGCACAAGGUCAUCAUGAUCCACCGGAAGUUCUUGAGUCUCAGCUUUUCUAACCCGAUGUUUGCGUUCACGCGGAAGACUUGUGUGGCUGCGUCGCGGACGAUAAUCAAAGAGCAGAAAGAAGCUACUCGUAGCGGCGGGCCUGUACUGUGGAUACAUCAGGCUUUCAGCGUUACGGCAAGUGUGAGUAAUGAAAAUCUGAACUGA